AUCUAACCUUUGUAUAUACAGGGCAGCACAACUGAGCAAUAAUUGAGAUUUCCCGAUUAUUCCAUGGUGACAAUCUGUGGAGAAAUAAAUGCAACUAGCAUGUGGUUUCUUGAAAGCAUCCAAACCAUUCCUCUUUUUUUCCCCUGGGAUUCAAACCAUCCCUCUAACGAACCCCGCUCAUGGAUUACCAGCUACGACACACGUUACCUGAGAGGUGAAAGCCACGAGCGCCCACAAGCACCACUCCACCAGCAGAGGAACAGAACUCCGGUGUUCGACUCUCCACCUCCAGCCGGCCUGAUGACGUCUGUGGCAGGUGAUGCGAUGAGGAGGAAGACGGCGUGUGUCACCGGAGGUGACGGAUAUAUCGCCUCGGCCCUCGUGAAGAUGCUGCUGCAGAAGGGAUACACCGUCAAGACGACAAUCAGAAAGUCCGAUGGCAUGGAGAAUCACCCCCAUCUCAAGGACUUGCAAGCGCUCGGUCCCUUAGAGGUCUUCCGCGCCGACCUGGAGGACGAGGGUAGCUUCGAUGAGGCCGUGGCCGGCUGCGACUAUGCCUUCCUCGUCGCGGCUCCGAUGAACCUCAACGCGGAGAACCCUGAGAAAGAAGUGAUCGAGCUGGCCGUCAGCGGAACCCUUAACGCAAUGAGGUCGUGCGUGAGGGCGGGGACGGUGAAGCGCGUGAUCCUGACAUCGUCAGUGGCGGCUGUCGCCGGCCGGCCUCUGCCACUAGGAGACAGCCAUGUCCUGGACGAGGAGUCCUGGAGCGACGUUGAGUACCUCAGAGUUACCAAGGCCGGCGGCUGGGCCUACAAUGUCUCAAAGGUGCUUAUGGAAAAGGCGGCGCGGACUUUCGCGCAGGACAGCGGCAUCAGCCUUGUUACGGUGUGCCCCGCCUUCACGGUUGGCGAGGCGCCGGCGACGAUUGUCCACACCAGCGUCCCCGUUAUCCUUUCUUUGCUGACUGGUGACGACGAGAAGAUUCGCAGCCUGGAACUCAUCGACAGGGCGUCUGGCUCGAUCCCGAUGAUCCAUGUCCACGACCUCUGCCGCGCAAAGAUCUUCUUAGCCGAGGAGGAGGCUGCGUCAGGAAGAUAUAUCUGCAGCAGCCUCGACACCACCCUCGCGGAGCUAGCCACCUUCCUGGCCGCCAAGUACCCGCAGUACAACGUCAAUACCGACAGGUUUGGUGGUCGCCCCGAGAAGUUGAGAGUCUGCAUUUCGUCGGCGAAACUCGUCGGGGAAGGGUUUGAGUUCAGGUACAAGGCGUUGGACGAAAUAUACGACGACGUCGUCAACUAUGGAAGGUCCUUGGGAAUCCUUCCGUACUAGCAGUUUAGUGAUGAGCCUCUGUAUUGGUUGGUUGGAUGUCGGAACCAAGCUAAAGUUCAAAUUUGCUUAUACUAGCAAACACUGCCCGUGCGUUGCUUCACGUCGAUUUUAAUCCAUGUAUAUUCUUUUUUUUUCAUAUACUGAAAUGAUCAAAUACAUAGUGUAAAUAUUUGUACACCGAAGACAACAGUAAGGUGAACAUCGAGGCAGCACCGUGAUGCCAAAUAAACCAAAUUUGCUGGGCCGAUGCGAGUUCGAGGAGUGCUCUCCGCAAAUGCCGCGGAAGGAGCGUACCAACGUGCAGGUGACUCAGUGUUCCUGUUUCUGCCGCGCAAGGAGAAGAUCAAAGGAGGCGUGGCUAUGUUUGAAAGAGCUUGUUGAGCAUGCUGAGUUUGAAGGAGUUCGGCUGGGGUCCACCGGCAGGUGUGACAAUAUUGGCGUGCAAAGAGUCUUUUUUAAUUUCCGGUUGUGUUGUUUUUAUUUUUUCUGUUCA